GGGUCAGUGGGGAGGGUGGCUGAGAGCAGAGCCGGCGCUCGGAUAGCGCCGGCUCUGCAUGAGCCGACAGGGGAGAUCCUGAGAUCUCCCCUGCCGGUCUCAAUAUGCAUAGGCGUGCCACGGGGAUUAGGGUGUGCCCAGGCAUACCCGGCACACCCCGUGCGGACGCCUAUGCCUCCAAGUCUACUUUAGUGAGAUGGCUCAUCGACACUAUUAAUUUGGCUUAUUCUGCCUCAAAUCUGCCUCCUUGAAUGCUCAUUCUUCUAGAGCCAUGCCUGCUUCCUGGGACGAAAAAGCACAUGCUUCACCUGAAGAUAUCUGCAAAGCUGCUACAUGGUCUUCAUUCAACACCUUCGUCAAGCAUUACAGAUUAGACUUAUUCUCUGCCUCUGACGCUGUUUUCAGGCAUAAGGUGUUACAAGCGGUGGUUGCCGAAUAGCUCUGCAAUCUCGAUAGAUCUCUAUUGUACUGCCACCAUAUGUCAGGAAAAACUGCAAUUUUACUCACGUAAACUCUUUUUUUCCUUAAUAUGGUGGCAGUACAUCACUCCCUCCCUUUGUUAAUAAAUUUAUUUUUGCAGUAAUAAGUCUGAGGUUUUAUUUGGACGUACUGAGGUUCCAUGGCAGGUUGGUGUCUUAUACCUGUUUGGGGAUGAACUUUUAUGUUAAUUGUUGAUUUUAGAUGCUUGUCCCAUGGGAAGAUUACAUCCCUAUUAUACUGCCACCAUAUUAAGGAAAAGGGUGAGUAAAAUUGCAGUUUUUGCUGCUGCUUGGUUUACCACUACCAAAAGAUACAGUUCAACUGUCCAUUUUUGUCUGUCCUUCUUAUGUUUUCAUUUUUAGUGUGUUCUCUGCAACUUACUAGAGUCACAAUAGGUGGGAAUUAACUCCAGUUUUAUAAUUCUAGAUAAAGUGUUACAAAUAUGCAAAAACCUGGUCCGAAGUAAUUUAUCAUCCAGUUGCAGUUCUACACAUAAUAUCGAAUGAGUGAAACUGUUUUGAAAACUGUUGUUGAUAUAUACACAUCCUGGGUCACCUGUUCCACCUGUCGAUUGUGUUGUGUGACCGAAACUAUACAGCGUGGAGUAUGUUGCUUUUGAUGUUUUAUGUUUGUUUUUUUUCCUGCUAGACAGAUUGCUUUGAUUUUAGUGAACCUAGUGUUACAACUUAAUUCUAUAACUAUACUUCAUUUUUUAGGAACCUUGUGCACAUGAUUGAAUCUGCUCAAAAAGACCUUCAAAAGUUAAGGUAAGAGUCAUAAUUGUUUGCAUUUCCCUAUUCAUAAAUAUAUUACUUUCAAAUAAUCGAGGACUAUUCAAAUUGUAUUGAAUAAUAUAGUUAACUAAGUGAAGCGUGUGAUACUGCAAUAUUUUCCAUUGACUGUGCAGAGUGAGGAGUACUGGGUGCUACUGAACUAUUAAAGGGACACUUUACUGCCCUAAUACUAAACAAAGUGCCAAUUUCUAUGAAAAAGGAUACAUUUUUCACACAUAAAGCACUUCUGCUAGCAGAGUUGCCCCUUUAAUAAUACAUGAAUUAUAUAUGGUGGUGACUGUCUGUUAUGGGACUCUCCUACGCAACUCCAUUUAAGUCAGGACCCUAUGUUCUGGAAAAAUCCUACAUUUUGAUUAAAGUACUUAGGAUGAAAAGAAAAAAAAAAAAAAGGAAGAAGUCACAAAAUAUUAUAAAGAAUGUAGAAAACAUGUCAAACAUAUGUCCUCUACAGCAGAGGUGGGCAGUUGGCUCAUUGAGGGCUGAGGCAGGCGGCUGAGUGAGCGAGAGAGGUGGCCGGCUCAUUGAGAGCUAAGGUAGAGAGGGGGACGACUGACCCUGGGAUGGAGGGGGCUGCCGGUUGGCUGAUGGAGAGCUCGGGGAGGCGACUGGCUGACUGAGGGGUGGAGGGGGCGUCCGGCUGACAAAUGGAGAGCUGAGGAAGGCGGGCGGCUGACUUAUUCCGGCGGCUAGGGAGCUGUAAUCUCUCUGCUUUGCCCCCUCGCGCGCCUAAUUGUGAUGCCAGGAGCCAGGCUAUUACAUCACUCUGGCCCUCCGCUCACUAAACAGUGCGCGAGAGGGAGCUGAGUGGGGAGAUGACAGCAGCCCCACUGGACCCCAGAGAAAGCCUAUCCCCCUCCAGCUCUUCAAAGGUAGGGAGACUGGGUGGAUUUACAUUAAAAUAAAAAUUAUUUGUGAGUGUGUCUGUGAGUGUUUGUCUGUGUGUGUAUGUAUGUGUGAGUGUCUCUCUCUGUGUGUGUUUGUGUGUGUUCCCUCCAAUCACAUGGGAAAGGUGUUUUUACUUACCAUUUUUCCCACGCCGUGCUGGUGAUGCCGCGGCUGGCCCCACCUCCACGACUGAGAUUUAAAUUUUGGCGAUCUUAUCGAAUCCAAUGCUUCCCCAUAGGAAAGCAUUGGGAAGCUAUUGCACAUGCACGGCAAAAUACCACUGCGCCAAUUUAACUUCUCAUAGAGAUACAUUGAAGCCAUGCAUCCCUAUAGGGAACUUUAACGUAGAUACUGCACAGUGUGACGCACUGACCCAGAAAUCACCUCUAGAAGCCGUCUCAGUGACUGUCACUAGAGGUGUCACCAGGCAGCAAUGUAAACACUGCCUUUUGUCUGAAAAGUCAGUGUUUACAUUGAAAAGCAUUCAGGGACAGGAUAUCGACUUCAGAACAACUACAUUAAGCUGUAGUGGUUCUGGUGACUAUAGUGUCCCUUUAAGAAUUGUAUUUGUGGCGUUGAUUUCUCUGGCUCCUAGAUUCUAUGCAAAUUUGUCAGGCCCUGCUCUACAGCACACUAAUCAUAAUACAGUUUCAAGUCCAAUUAUUAGAUCAGUGCAACUCCAAAAUAUUUGAAGUUAAACUUUUAAGGUUUCAUCUAAGUUCCAUGACCACCUCAGUGAUUUGAAGUAGUCAUGGUGCUUGGAUUUUGUUUGCGUAGCUUUUUAAAUGAUACACUUCGUAUAUCUAGAGAUAUUUGUGAUUGCUGCCAGAGGUGUAGGUGUAGGUGCAGGUAUGGGGGAGUGUCCUCACUGAAGGAGCGCUACGGAAUCUGAUGGCGCUAUAUAAAUAAUCAGGCUUUUUUUUUUUUUGGUACAACCCAAAAAAUAUUUGUUUAUUAAAACACUUUUUUUUUUUUUUUUUGCAACCCUUUAAUGCAGCAGAGUAAUGUGAAGUAAGAGUGGACAUCCGUUUGAAAGGAAAGGGUGAUAGGAGACUUUUAGACAUAUGCAAGUGUUUUUUGUUUUUUUUUCUCUUCUCUGGCUCCGAUGUGCAAAGCAGUUGGGAGUGGCUUGUCCUCCUAGCUUUCAGUUUCCCAAAUAUUGUUUAGUUUUUCUUGUGUGAAGAUUUAACAAAAAUAUUUAUUAGAUUAUUGCAUAUCUAGCAUUAAAGUAUCUCUGUAUGAAUAUACCUGUUGAUAAUAUACCUAAUAAGACAAGCAUUUAGUGAAUAGUUUAUAUUUUACUAGAUUCAUGGAGGUCUGUUUGUAAUAAAGUAUCCAUGCAAUAGAGAGUUGACUCAUGGGGAUUUGUACAGUGUUGUUAAAGUGUUAAGCAUUAACACUGCAAGUUAUAUACAGGGAGUGCAGAAUUAUUAGGCAAAUGAGUAUUUUGACCACAUCAUCCUCUUUAUGCAUGUUGUCUUACUCCAAGCUGUAUAGGCUUGAAAGCCUACUACCAAUUAAGCAUAUUAGGUGAUGUGCAUCUCUGUAAUGAGAAGGGGUGUGGUCUAAUGACAUCAACACCCUAUAUCAGGUGUGCAUAAUUAUUAGGCAACUUCCUUUCCUUUGGCAAAAUGGGUCAAAAGAAGGACUUGACAGGCUCAGAAAAGUCAAAAAUAGUGAGAUAUCUUGCAGAGGGAUGCAGCACUCUUAAAAUUGCAAAGCUUCUGAAGCGUGAUCAUCGAACAAUCAAGCGUUUCAUUCAAAAUAGUCAACAGGGUCGCAAGAAGCGUGUGGAAAAACCAAGGCGCAAAAUAACUGCCCAUGAACUGAGAAAAGUCAAGCGUGCAGCUGCCACGAUGCCACUUGCCACCAGUUUGGCCAUAUUUCAGAGCUGCAACAUCACUGGAGUGCCCAAAAGCACAAGGUGUGCAAUACUGAGAGACAUGGCCAAGGUAAGAAAGGCUGAAAGACGACCACCACUGAACAAGACACACAAGCUGAAACGUCAAGACUGGGCCAAGAAAUAUCUCAAGACUGAUUUUUCUAAGGUUUUAUGGACUGAUGAAAUGAGAGUGAGUCUUGAUGGGCCAGAUGGAUGGGCCCGUGGCUGGAUUGGUAAAGGGCAGAGAGCUCCAGUCCGACUCAGACGCCAGCAAGGUGGAGGUGGAGUACUGGUUUGGGCUGGUAUCAUCAAAGAUGAGCUUGUGGGGCCUUUUCGGGUUGAGGAUGGAGUCAAGCUCAACUCCCAGUCCUACUGCCAGUUCCUGGAAGACACCUUCUUCAAGCAGUGGUACAGGAAGAAGUCUGCAUCCUUCAAGAAAAACAUGAUUUUCAUGCAGGACAAUGCUCCAUCACACGCGUCCAAGUACUCCACAGCGUGGCUGGCAAGAAAGGGUAUAAAAGAAGAAAAUCUAAUGACAUGGCCUCCUUGUUCACCUGAUCUGAACCCCAUUGAGAACCUGUGGUUCAUCAUCAAAUGUGAGAUUUACAAGGAGGGAAAACAGUACACCUCUCUGAACAGUGUCUGGGAGGCUGUGGUUGCUGCUGCACGCAAUGUUGAUGGUGAACAGAUCAAAACACUGACAGAAUCCAUGGAUGGCAGGCUUUUGAGUGUCCUUGCAAAGAAAGGUGGCUAUAUUGGUCACUGAUUUGUUUUUGUUUUGUUUUUGAAUGUCAGAAAUGUAUAUUUGUGAAUGUUGAGAUGUUAUAUUGGUUUCACUGGUAAUAAUAAAUAAUUGAAAUGGGUAUAUAUUUGUUUUUUGUUAAGUUGCCUAAUAAUUAUGCACAGUAAUAGUCACCUGCACACACAGAUAUCCCCCUAACAUAGCUAAAACUAAAAACAAACUAAAAACUACUUCCAAAAAUAUUCAGCUUUGAUAUUAAUGAGUUUUUGGGUUCAUUGAGAACAUGGUUGUUGUUCAAUAAUAAAAUUAAUCCUCAAAAAUACAACUUGCCUAAUAAUUCUGCACUCCCUGUAGUGUUGUGGGAAAAUUAAUGAGAUUUUUAUUUACAAUUUUUUUUUUUUCCAAGUUCAUUUCAAAAUACUUUAUGUGACUUUAAAAUGAAUACUACAGGAAAAAGUGUGUGUGUGUGUAUGUGUGUGUAUAUAUAUAUAUAUAUAUAUAUAUAUAUAUAUAUAUAUGGCCCAGCACUCAAGUUCCCUGGUCUUUAGUGUGCCCCGGUGUCAACUCCAGCCAUAACAUAGAAAUAUUUCUAAGCAUUUACUGGAUUCGUUGUAGAAUCUGUAGUCCUGACACUGUUUUAGCAUUUGGAUUUAAACCGUUUCCGAGCAAUUUAACACUAAAUAAAGAUCUCUGGCUAACACAGCUCAGCCCUUCUGUAGAUGUGGUUAACACACUUCCUUCUUGCCAUACCAAUUCAUACUAGCAAUGGGAUGCAUUGAUGGGCUAAAAACUGACACACUCAGCCACUCGUUGAUGCACAGGCUAGCAGUAAGACAAAACUAGCCCAAGAAGCGCAGAGGGUGGGCUGUUGGGAACUCACGUUUAACAAAACUAAUAAAUUUUAACAAAAAAAAAUUAAAAUGGUAUAACACUGAGUGGAAGGAGAGCACCAGGGGAUUUUAAAACCACUACACUUUCCCUUGAAGUAAUGCAAUGCUUUGGUUUUUUAAAAUAAAACUUUGAAAACUAAAUGUAAACUUUACUUUAUCAAAGGCUGAUCUGUCCACCAUGAUGUCAUCUAGCUAUCUCAUUAUCCAUUUAGAUGAUUUGUGUAGAAAAGCAUUGAGGACAUGCAACAUUUCUCAUUUUAGCUGCUGCAGCUAAUACUUUGUAACUUCUCUUUUCCAGGAAGCGUAUUCAAGACUUGAACUGGCAAAGGAAGAACUCUCAACUUACAUCAGGGGCAAAACUGCGAGAGAUGGAAUCAAAGUAAGUGGCUAUUUUUCUCAUUGUGAUCUGAGUUGUUUAUGCUAAUCUGUUGAACAACGCUGUAAUUUAGGAAAAUUUUAAAGAAUGAAUUAAAUAUAUAAUUAUUGACUCUGGGAUGGGAGUUCUGUAUCUACAUGCACUACAUUGACAAAAGUAUUGUGGCACACCUCUUAAUUUCUGAUUUCAGGUGUUUCAAUUAGAUCCGUCAAACAUUUAAAAAUAAUGGGUUGUUAUGUAGAGCUCAGUGAACUCAACUUAUUUGCAAUAACCUGCAUACAAGCGUCACAUCACCAAAUACAAUGCCAAGCCUCGGGUCGAGUGGUGUAAAGCAUGUCGCUGCUAGACUCUGGAGCAGUGGAAACAUGUUCUCUAGAGUGAUGCCUGGCUGUAUUGUGCCAACUGUAAAGUUUGGUAUGGGAGGGAUAAUUGUAUAGGACUAUUUUUCAGGGGGUGGGUUAGGCCUCUUACUUCCAACAUACCAAGACAUUUUGGACAAUGCAAUGCUUCCAAUUUUGUGUGAACAGUUUAUGGGGAAGGCCCUUCUCUAUUCCAGCAUGGCUUUGCCCCAGUGCACAAAACAAAAUCCAUAAAGACAUGGUUGUAUGAGUUUGGUGUGGAAGAACCUGACUGUCCAACACAGAGCCCUGACCUUAACCAUAUCGAACACCUUUGGAUGAACUGGAACGGAAAAUACAAAAAAGAUUUUUCUUUUUUUGUCCAACUUCAGUGCCUGACCUCACAAAUGCUCUACUGGAUGAAUGGGCAAUAGUUCCCACUAAACCACUCUUAAAUCUCGUGGAAAGCCUUCCCAGAAGAGUGGAAGCUGUUAUAGCUGCAAAGGGGGGGGACCAACUACAUAUUAAUGUCUAUGUAUUUAGAAUGCAAUGUCAUAAAAUACUGUUUGUGUAAUGUUCAGGUGUCUCAAUAGUUUUGUCCAUGUAGUGUGUGUGUAUGUGUAUGUAUGGCUACAAAUGUUACACUUGCUUGACUUCUUUGCAUUCUGUUAUGCCUGUAAAGUAAUUAAAUAAAUUACCAUCUGCAAUGCUUUGAGGUCAAAAAACAAACCAUGGUCCCACCAGUAAGCUGGUGAAAUGUAUGUGGUUGAGUGUGACAGCACUUCACCUUUAAAAGUAUUUCAUACAACAAAACCUGUUAGUUCCUAUAGGAGAACACUCAAAAAAGGCUUGUAGCAGACCAUAUUGAUUGCUUCGUAUAGAGUUUAAAGGAACACUAUCGGGUCAAGAAUAAAACGUGUUACUGACCCUGUAGUGUAAAAAAACAAAACAAACAAAAAAAAACAUUUAAGCUGGCCGGCCCCACUUGCUCCCCUUAAAUAGGGUUUAAACAUACCUUUAUUCCAGGGCCACACGGGUCCAUCAGUGCUGGCCCUGCCCACACCUGGCCUCCUUAGCUGAGCUCAUCAUAAUUGACUAUCUCAGCCAAUUCAAUGCUUUCCCAUAAGAUAGCAUUGGGAGGCUAAUGUGCGCACACGCCAAAACACUCAGUGCACCAAUCAGCAUCUCGUCAAAGAGAUGCAGGUGUCCCUAGGCAGCAAUCUGAUUACUGCCUUUUCUCUGAAAAGGCAGUGCUUACAUUAAAAGGCUGCAGGGACAUACUAUACACACCAGAACCACUACAUUAAGCUGUAGUUGUUCUGGUGACUAUAGUGUACCUUUAAGAACAAUAUAUAAGGCAAAGUUGGCAAAAGCACAAAACACAAAAACCAGCAGAAAAAUGUUUAUUGCAUCCAGGAGCACACACUCACAAUCUAUGAGUACACAUUUGGAGGCCCUAAACAACAUGGGUGUUUGUUUUGUUUUAGUUUUCCCAGGUGUGGAUUCCAUCCUGGUCCUCUGCGUCCCACUAUUUGCCUAACACAUUCUUAAUAUGCUGAGCUCUCAUAGGCUACAGGAGGCAGGUGCCAGCCUUUGGAAAAUUUCAAAAUCGUAUCCCAUAACAAAUAAUGCAAAUGAUGUUUGUUCAGUGUUUGGUCUUAUAUUGAAUAUAUUCUGUAAGUGAAACUGCCAGCAAAACAAAUUAUUUAUAAAUAUAUACCUAUAAUAUAUAUUUUUGUGUGUGUGAGAUUUAGAAAAUCAUCAGCUUACAACCCAAUUUAUUUUGGCAUUAUUUUUAAAUUUGAGAAUUUAUUUAUUCCCUUUUGCUCUGAAUGGUAUACUGAUGAUGUUAAAUAUAUGUAUAAAACAUAUCAUUUUUCUGUUUUAUUAUUAGGUGGGUAUCCCUUGUGAGUAAGAACUACGAGAUAGAACGAGCAAUUGUUCAUAUGGAGAAUGAAAUUCAUCAAUUUAAGCAGAACGACGGGGAGAAUAAAGAAAAUAUCCAAGAUUAUUAACCUGCCGUCCCAAAAGGACAUUUUCUAUUAUUGCCCAGGACAUCCAAUUCAUUUUGCCCUUCUGUUCAUUGGCUCACAGACCAUGACUAAUGAUUAGCAUCUCUGCUACCAUUCAUUGAUCUAGUUUGACAGUGCACCAUCUAUUCUCAAGCCCCAAGACUGACAUUCAUUUAUUGUGUUUAAUUAGAAGUUUUAAGCCUUUUCAAUACUUGGGAGCUUUCAAAUAGCUAGCCAUUAAAAUCAUUUUCCUAAAGGCCACAAAGGAUUUUGCUUAAUAUGUUCUGCAAACUUGGACCUUGUUCCAUUGGUGGAAAACAAUGCAUUAUGUACUGGACGAGAAUUCAUUCUAUGUAAAUCUGCAGUUUUAUUUGAUUUUUUUUGAUUUUUUUUUUUAUAUGGUAUGAAUAAAAGUGUUUUUUUUCCCAGUAAAUUCGCAAGACAUAUAAUGUAAAUUUGGUUAGAGAACAUUAGUCAGUGAAAUUGUAUGUAAUGAAAUCUAUUUAUGUAUGCUUUUGUGAUUUGUGCUGGGAUUAUUUUUGCAAUCGCUCUUCUGGUUUUUUUAAAAACUUCUUGGCAAAUUAUUUUAUUUCUCUAUUUGUUUUCCUAAUACUGUGAAUAAU